GACUUUUUUCUGGAACUUACUUCAUUUUUCGUUACGGAGGACAGGGAGACUAUCGCUAUGGAUACUUCGGUCAAGACUGGUUCGUUUGGUUGGGAUAGUUAGCCUGUGUUUCGUUAUUGUCCUCUUCUGGAAUGUACCACGUACACAAACUUCACUUCACUACCCUCUGUCUUCGUUGACCCAAAUGCAAAAAUUAGAGCGUGCGAUUGACGAACAUAACGCUUGGGAACAACGCCUCAAACAAGUGCUUGUACCACCGGCACCACCACCGGGGCCAAUUAUUCCAGUUUUGGUGAUUGCGUGCAAUCGUCCCUCAGUCAAAAGGACUGUGGACGCGUUGUUGAAGCAUCGAAGCAACGUAUUGCAUUUGUCUCCAAGUCAAUUCCCGAUAACCGUAUCUCAAGGGUGUGAAAGCCAACCUACUGCUGAUGUCCUUGCUGCUUAUGGUGACGUCAUUUCCCUAAUCAAGUUCAACUAUCAAUCACGGGAACCGCCAAACAAACGUUCAAAGCUGACCAGCUAUCAGUCCAUGACACAACAUUACAAGUUCGCCCUGGACUACAUGUUGUUUCAAAAGAACCAUUCAGCGCUGAUUGUGGUCGAGGACGAUCUGGAUAUCGCCCCAGACUUCUUCGAAUACUUUGCUGCCACUCUUCCUUUGUUACACAAAGACCCCACUUUGUUUUGCGUGUCCGCUUGGAAUGAUAAUGGACGGCCGAAUCUAAUCGAUGAACAGCGCAAUGAUGUAAUUUACAGAACUGACUUCUUCCCGGGGCUCGGAUGGAUGCUGCUGCGUGAGUUUUGGCUGGAAAUCCGAGAUAGAUGGCCAGAUAUAUACUGGGAUGAAUACUUGCGUCAGGCCUACAUACGUCGUGAUCGGGCGUGUCUCCGUCCUGAGGUAGGCAGAACCACCACUUUCGGUCGCGACGGUACCUCAUUGGGUCAGUACUUUGAUAAAUAUUUGAAGACAAUGCGGCUCAACAGUGAAAAGUUCGAUUUUAUCAACGCAGAUCUCACUUACCUGUUGGAGCCUGUAUAUACCAGGCGUUGGAAAUCGAUGGUCUAUGAACAAUCGGUAGCCGUUCCUCUCGAUGAUCUUUUGAAAGACCGUCUGCCGGAAUCGGACGCAAGUGUACUGGUAAUAUACACGAAGCCGGAAGAAUUUUCCACCAUUGCUGGACAUCUUACCCUGAUGCCAGACUUGAAGUCUGGUGUUAGUCGUACCGCGUUUCGGGGGGUUGUGCCGGUUUUCUGGAAGAAACGCCAAUUGUUCAUAGCCCCUCCCACUGACUGGAGUGGAUAUGUCUUAUCCUGAAAUCGGUGUGCUUUCCCCCACAUGUAUAAGCACUGUUUUGUCUCACUGUGAUAGCAACUGUGAUGAAUACACGUAAGCUGCUGGAGAAAAACAUACACACACGUCCUUAUGUUUCUCGCAAUUUUAUCACCUGUUAGUACACCGUCCUCGAACAAGGUGUUUCCUAAUCUACUGGUUUAAGUGCUUUCCCGUCUCACCAAUUUACUUUCAAUGGCUGUUUACCCCUCAUGUACAUCGUUCAGUCUCCCUCUUUGGCAUAUCUUUGAUUCCCCGUGUUUCUUGGACUAUUUUCAACGCAGCGUGCACCCAGGGUGCUUUUCUACUUUCCAGCAGUACUACCACUUGUUUGGAUGAAUCGUUUUUGGUUUAUUUAUGGGGUGGUUGAGUUAUGUGCUGCGUUGCACCCGCAUUUUCCCCAGCACUUGCAAUUAUUUUUGUUAUGCUAUUCUUUGACGAAAUCAGAAUACUGCAUGUACAGUUAAUGGGUUUCCG